AUGGGGAAGGGAUGGAAGAGCAAGUUACCCGAUGCACUAUGGGCAUAUCAGCCAGCUUUCAAGACGCCGAUAGGAAUGUCACCGUAUCAGCUGGUUUAUGGCAAAACCUACCGUCUUCCCGUUGAACUUGAAUUCAAAUCCCAUUUGGCUAUCAAGAGGUGGAACAUGGACCUCCAAUCAGCUGGAAUAAAAAGGCAAAUUCAACUAGCUGAAUUGGAUGAGUGGAGGGAGAAAGCAUAUCACAGCUCCAAGUUAUACAAGGAGCGUACAAAGAGAUGGCACGAUAAGCGGAUCAAGAUGGACAUGCUUCGCAAGGCUGUUUGUUCUAAGAUCAAAUGCCUUGCGAAGGCCACCAGGAACGAGGAGCUCUAUAGAGCCCCGGACCCGAGAAUCUAG